AUGGACGAGACGGCGAGGGUAGAGUAUCCGGCCAUGCUGGCUCAUCUGCAGCCCGGCCAGGCCGUGCAGACGCUCAACGACCGCAUGAAGCGCAUCAACAAGAUCAAUCUCGAGAUUGCCGACUGGCUACAGGAGCGCCGUCGCGUCGAGGAGCAAUAUGUCUUGGGAAUGCGCAAGCUAGCCCAGUUCAAGUCUCCCAAUGCGCAGUCGGAGCUGGGUGUUUUCCAGAUGCCGUGGUCCCGAAUCAUCGAGUCCGUUGAACGCAUCGCCCAGUCGCACCAGCUCUUCGCCGAUCGCCUCGGCAAUGAUGUCGAGCAGCCCCUCAGAGGCUUCCCCCAGCGCCAGGACGUCCAGAACAUGACCAACAUCUCCAACAACCUGACCGUCAUGGCCAGGGAGCUCGACGACGCGCGAGACCGAUCCGACAAGCUCACCAAGAAGGGCGGCAAGGCCAGCACGCAAAAGGUCGACGCCGCGUCGUCCAAGCUAGAGUCGGCCACACAGCAGUGGGAGUCGCAGUCGCCCUUCAUCUUCGAAACCCUCCAAGUCCUCGACGAGUCGCGCGUCAACCUGCUGCGCGACUUGCUGACGCAAUUCCAAACCCACGAGUCCGACCGGGCCCAGCGAGACUCCGACAUAUCCGUCGAGACUCUGGCAAAUAUGCUUGAAAUUAGCACCGAGAGAGAAGUGCAAAGCUUUGUACAGAAGGUGACGGCCGGCAAGGCCCAGCUGCCGUCCAGGACAACUACCAGACGCUCAACAACCCACAUGUCGCAGAAUUCUGCUACUAGCCAGCCGAGCGUUCCAACGACGCCGAAUACCUCUCAGCCACCACCCGACGACGAUGCUAGCGAGCACAAUUCGGUUCUCAACAGUGAGGCCAAGCCGGAAUCCAAGCUGCGAAGAUUGGGUACCAUGUUUGGUGGCAGGCGACGCCAGAGCGUCCACGCUGGAUUUGGCUCCCUCUCCCCCCAGAAGGCACCUGGAACCACAUUUGGACGACUCGGUAGCAGUCAUGGCCGCGGUGUCUCCCCAAUGACAUCCUCAAGCAACCUCAACGAAUCCAACCGGUUGUCCAUCUUGCCCGAGAUGCCAGACCAGGCUCGCCGGCCGCAGUCAUCAUCAGACGCCAUGCACAGGGACAGGGAUAGGGAAGAGGGCGAGCCGUCGACGAACGGGAACACGAAUGGAUUUGGAACUGGAGAAACUCUUUUGGAUACCCAGCCGCCCGAGAUGCCAUCUUCAAGCACCACCAAUGGCAAUCUUGACCAGCCCGAAGCUGCCGCUCUUAAUCCGCCGCCAUCCCAGCAGAGCCAACAAGAGCCAGUGUCUCCGACCUCCAAGGACGAUGAAGGCUUCACGAUACGAGCACCCAUGAACGACCCCAUCUCGGAAGCCCAGAGGGAGGCCGCAAACGACGAGAACGACCAGCUGUUCAAGCUGAAUAUCCAGAACAAGCCGAUCGAAGAGGAAGACCCUGAGGCAGCACAAGCCGCUCUCUCCAGCGUGGCCAACACGCUCAAGCUGGGCUCGGCAGCCAAUCGGCGCUCCAUGACGGUGCGAGGCCGCCGCGACGUGCGCAACACUAUCUAUGCGCCCGUGCUUCACAUCCCCGAAAGCUACUCGGACAGCGCCAUUCCCGCCAUGCCGGCCAUCCCAGCAUCUCCCCCUCGACCCCCGUCUUCUAGACCGGCCGCCAUUGCUGCGCUUGCUUCCGAGGCCAGCGCCGCCUCCGACACUCAGUCUGUGCGAUCCGGGAACUCACUCGGCAGCGCACACACAAAGCACCCGGAGCUGACCGGACCGGGACUGAACGCAUCCAUCAUCGAGACCGUCUCGGUUCUCUUUGAGGGCGGCGUGUUGAAGAGCACGGCGGUUGCUGGCGAGAUUGCCUUUGCUAACAAUCCCGGUGCAGAUGUCGAUUCCACCAAGACACAUGAAACCAUUCGCAUCAACAACUUUGCCAACCUGGAACGCAUCGGCCCCAACCGAAUCUUUGUUCACAACGCAUCCCCCGACCAACCUGACCAGUUCGCUCUCGACCUUUCUCACAUCUCCAAGACAUCAACUGCCUUCUCAUACCGCGUCUUCUCAGACGAAUCCGAGGCCCCAUCUCUCGGCCGCCACGCUCCUCUCCUGAUCAACCCGGCAUGGAAACCCCAAGGCGACAAGCUUGGCCUCCUUUUGCAGUAUCAGCUCAACCCCGAGUGCAAGUGGACAGCCCCCGUGACAUUGCACAACGUCGUCUUUGUGGUGUCGUACGAGGGCAGGGCGACUGGCGCCCAGACGAAGCCCAGCGGCACCCACCUGAAGGAUAAGCACCUUGUGUACUGGCGACUGGGAGACGUGACCCUUACCGAGGCCACGCAAAAGAUUGUGUGCCGCAUUGUCGGCGCAGACGGCGUGGAGCCACAGCCAGGCCACGUCGAGGCCCGAUGGGAGUAUGCCGUGUCUGGCGAAGACGUCGUGGGCAGCGGCAUCUCCAUCUCCAGACUAGAGGCGGUGCCGAGCAAGGAUGCCGUGGAGAGCGAUCCAUUUGCAGACGAGAACCCUGCCAGCUCGAACCCGUCACUCGUGGAGCCGAUGUGGGUCGAUGUGCCUGUGACGAGGAAGCUUGUGAGCGGCAAAUACGAGGGGAAGUAG